AUGAACUUUCUUGCAAUUAUACCAUCAGCUCAAGUGCUGAGGUUUGCAAAUAGUGAAGUUUCGCACCAUUCCGGUGAGCCUCUAGGAAGCCUAUUGAAUAUAACAUCUAGUAAUUCGGUAGAAUUAAUAGUAACCAUAAUUGCGUUGAUAAAUGGUCAAAUUCGUGUUGUCCAAGCAACAGUUCUAGGAUCUAUAUUCUCCCAUCUUUUGCUUGUAUUAGGAUUUUGUUUUCUCAUUGGGGGAAUUAAAAUCCUUAUUAAAGAAAACAAGCUUGAACAAGAAUUUAGUUCGACUGCUGCACAAAUGACGUCUAGUGUGAUGACAUUAGCUUGUAUUUCUCUAGUAUUACCUUCCGCAUUCAGUAUUCUUAUCAAUUAUCGCUUUUCCAAUAUUCCUGCCGUUAUGAUUAAUGAUAAGAUUUUGCAUAUAAGUUAUGGAGUAUCAAUAGCUUUAUUGGUUAUAUAUUUACUCUAUUUAUGUUUUACGACAAAAACCCAUAAAAUACUAUUUAAGAAAUAUUACGGUCAUAAAGGUGAAGAUAGCAGAGAAAAAAAAUACGAAAACGAAGAAAAUGAAGAAAGCAGAGAACAAAGAUGUGAGAAUGAAAAAAACGGAGAACAAAUAGAUGGAGGAGAUAAAAGUGGAAAGCACAUAAGCUUGAUAUCGUCAUUAAUUUUGCUAAUUAUAAUGACAGCGAUUAUUGCUAUUUCAGCAAAGUUUCUCGUAACAUCAAUCGAGGGAAUUGUUACGUCCUAUAACAUAAGUAAAACUUUUAUUGCGUUGGUUUUAUUACCCAUAGUCGGUAAUGGUGCUAAGUAUGCGAACGCUGUUAAUACCGCAAGUAAAAAUAAAAUGGAUACAGUUCUUCUUAUUUCUGUUGGAAGUUCAACUCAAUCCGCGUUAUUUAUUACUCCACUAUUGGUGAUUUUGGGAUGGAUUAUUAAUCAGCCUAUGUCUCUAUUUUUUUCACCAUUUGAAACCAUUUGUUUAUUUAUUUCAGUUAUACUAAAAAAUUACUUAGUUCAGAUGGGAAAUCAAAUUGGUUGGAAGGCAUAUUGUUAA